GAUGUGGCAUCUGAGCGGUGGUGGUCGGGGAAGCGACGCCGAGUUGUUUACUUCGCGCACAUGCAGGAGCGUCUUGAGGAGGACCCGUCGUGUGUUGCUGCUCUCCCCGUCCUCGCCACCUGCACCCACACGCGCGCCUGCCUCUCCUCUCACACCCACAACGCCUCCUCGCCAUGGGUGAUAAGGGCAAGAACCAGAACGGUGAGGUGUCGGAGGAGCGCCGCAAGGACGAGGAUGUGGGCGCCGAGGGGGACGAGACCACUGACGACGAGGGAGGCGUGGACACUCCGCCUCCCCAGGAUAGGGACGAGGACGACGAGCACCCUGACGGCGAGGGCAACUACGAGCAGGAGGACACGGACGAAUCAAAACCACACAAGAGAAAGCCGACAGAGGAGGGGGAAGUGCCACUGAGUGAGGAGGAAUUCGAAGGUUUUGACUCACAGAAAGCAGCAAAAGCAGGAUCACGAAGCAAGAAAAGAAAAGUAGAAGAGAAACAAAAGGAGGAUGAUCAAAAUGAGGUUGAGCAAAUUGUUGACAUGGAAUGUAAGAGACGCUGGAAGUGUCCAGUUAAAUUCCGUGUUCGUUGGCUUGGUUAUGGAGAGAAAGAUGACACGUGGCUACCUGCUUCAGAGCUAAGCUGUGAUGACCUUAUAAAUGAGUUUCUUGAAAUCUCUGGAAGAACAUCUGAAUACAAAAAUGCAAUGGCCCCAAAGAAGCGGCCAGAUGAGGACGAACAAAGAAUAAUUGAGACGAGGAAGACAAUUAGAGUCUCUUAUAGUGAGCUGGAUGAAGAUCAAGAGGAAGUCAUUCCUGCUGGAACAAGAUCUCACAAAGUGAAAACAAAGACUGAGAAAAAGGUUGUGAGACCACCACCUAAAAAGAAGCCGAGGGUUUUGGCCACUAGUCCCAAGGGAAAGGCUCAGAUACAAAGUGUCCCUCAAGAGUACGAGGUCGAAGCAGUUGUGGAUCAUCGUGUGCGUGGGCGCUUCACAGAAUACAAAGUUAGAUGGAAGGGUUUUGGUCCUAUGGAUGAUUCAUGGUUACCAGAGGCAGAACUAAAUUGUGACAAUCUUCUGAAUAAGUACUUCAAGACCGCUGGCCGCAACUUGGAAGAGUCGUUUGAGGUAGAGGCCAUUAUGGGACUGAGAGAAGUGAAGGGUCGCACAGAGUACAAAGUUCGCUGGAAAGGAUGGAAUUCCAAAUAUGACUCAUGGCUUGCAGAAGAUGAAUUGAAUUGCCCUGAGCUUCUGAAACGUUUUAAAACGACUCUUGAGACGUUGGAAAAGCAAGAGGAUUGGCAGGUUGAAAAAAUUUUGGAAGAACGUGAAAAGAAAGGAAAAAAAGAGUAUUUAAUUCAGUGGAAGGAUUGGGGUCCGAAAUUUAACACUUGGGAGCCUGAGGAAAAUCUAGAAGGGUGCCCGGAUAUUGUCAAACGUUUCAAGGACCAAGAGAAAAAACAGAAGAACAAAGAACCUUUAAAGAACAAGACAAACAAGAGGGCAAGCACAAAGAAGGAGACAAAGACAAAACAUAAAGAUGAAAACGAGGAAGAGGAUAUGGAGGAUGAAGAACAAGAAAAUGAAGAGGAGAGUAAUUCACCUAAUAAGAAGAAGAAAGAAACUAUAAAGGGCAAGACAAACAAGAAGGGAAGUGCAAAGAAGGAGACAAAGAAAAAACCUACUAAAGACGAGGAAGAAGUUAUGGAAGAGGAGGAGCAGGAAGACGUAGAAGAGGAUAAUGAUACACCUGUUAAAAAGACCAAAGAACCUUUAAAGAACAAGACAAACAAGAGGGCAAGCACAAAGAAGGACACAAAGACAAAACAUAAAGAUGAAAACGAGGAAGAGGAUAUGGAGGAUGAAGAACAAGAAAAUGAAGAGGAGAGUAAUUCACCUAAUAAGAAGGAAAAGAUGUUGAAGGAAGGACGCAAGAUGCGUGAAGAGAGACCAUCCACGCAGAGAUUUGUUGACAAUUAUUCUGAAGGAUCCCGUUCUCGCUCUCGUCGAGCAGGAAAGAAUCGCUCCUACUCAGAGUUUUAUGACCAGUAAAUGUUGUUUCAGCUCAUGGUACUUUUAUCAAAUUGUAGAAAUUCAGUACAGUCAGAAGCGUGGGGUACAAGAAUCGACGACGUCACUUGAAUUGCAAUAAUUCUAAAAAAAAAAAAAGAAAUGUCUUAUUUUAUAUAGUUAUUUGCUUGAAUGAAUAAUUAAAAAAACAAAAAAGAGGCAAAAUGGUAAUGUUAGGAAUUUGUGUAAUUUUUUAAAACUUCAGUACAUUAUGGCUAUGUUUUUACCAAUUAUUUUCCCAUGUGCACACAGAUGUAUAAUGCAUACCUUCAUAUUGAAACAUGCAUGCACUAAGACACCUACGGUAUACAUAAAGAGGUAUGCCUCUUUUUGUACUGUUUACAGAUAUUUUUGUCUGCAAGCAUGAUUAGGCAAGUACAUGUACACCUUCAUAUUUGAUUACUGGAGAACAUACAAUUGUAUACACAAUACAAAGACUUGUAUGUGCACACACACAUGAACAGAUAUGGGCAUAGACAUGUGAAUGUAGGUGUGUAUUUUACAUAUAGAGAUGUGUGCAUAAAUACCAGUCAAAAUGUGCAAAUACAUACACUCAGGUCACAUCACACACGUGCAUCCCUCGCAUACACAAAAGAAAAGUGUGUGUUUGUAAAAUGUAUUCGAGGAGGAAACAAAAUUUAUCACGUUAGAUAAUGUAAACAAAAUUAUGGUAAGUAUUAUCUAUCAGGAGAAACCUUUUACUGUUUUGAGAAGGGAGCCAGCAUAGCAUAUUUUUUAAACAUUUAUUUUUUUUAAUUGCCAUAUUAAAAGUUUGUAUGUGAUAGACAAAAGUAAUAGUUUACUAAGAAAUUUUUAUUAUACUUUAUUAGUACUUUUUUUCUGAGAGGAGAAUCUUUAAUUUGACUUCAUUACCUUUCUCUAAGAAGAGUCGGGCGGAAGGCUUAGUGUGUCACCCUGGAGUUGCAGUCAGCUAUAAUAUUAAAGGCUUGUUAGUGAAGCUCUUGUGUUAUGUAUAUAGCAUCUCAAGAUAACCUCAAGAUAGCAUGAAAAAAAGUUCAUGUGUAUUUAUCUCUCGAGUUAUCGUUUAUUUUAUUUCUAUUUUAUUUUUUUUUUUUUAACUUUUAAAAUGAACAGUUGGUUAAUUCUUUGUAAAUGAAUGAUUCUAGCAAUUGCCAAGUUUAUAAUGUUUAAACUCUUGAUCCCAUUUUAUCUUGAAAAGUGUGUUUAAUACAAGUUAAUUUUGUUUAAUAAAAAUGUAUAAAAUGUAGAAUAUAUCAUUAACAUUUUUGACUGAUGUAUAAUAUCAAAUGAUCUUCACUAAA